AUCCAAUCUCAACACCUUCUCUCAGACCAUUCCCAUUGGUCAAUUCUUCACAAUGGACCAUCUCCUUCAUCUCGAUACAGACGUCGUCUGUCUCCUCGCCAAACUGAACUCCUAUGACUACAUUAUCGUAGGAAGCGGUUUCGGCGGAGGUCCCUUAGCUGAACAACUCGUAUCCCAACAAUACAAAGUCUUGCUGAUCGAGCGUGGCAGCGUUAUCUUCUCAACUCACGUUCUCAAUACUUCCCGUCCUUACUACAACCGCGGCGCAAGUAACUCUCCCGAGGGUAACGAGCGUGUCUACGACACUGUCAAAGCUAAGGUCCAAUGCACUGAUCGCUCUGAUAGUUAUGUCGGCGGUCCAGUGUACUGCGUUGGAGGACGGUCGAAUCUCUGGGGUACUUGGAUUCCGGAGAUUGGCGAUGAGACGCUUGGAGCUUUCUUCCCUCCCGAUGUUGUUGAUUACCUCAAGGGUGAUCAAGUCCAAGGGUAUAAAAAGGCCUUUAGGUACCUCACCGAUUCGCAGCCUGGCGAUGUCAUCUACCCAGAAGGCGAUGGCAAGCAUGAAGUUAGCGCUUCAGAGAUUGGCGACGCAAAUGAAAUGUUGAACAAUGCCCUCUCGGGAUCAAAGUUCAGUCUCAUGCCCAUCGCGGCACAAUUCAAUGCUCCAGCACCUUAUAAGUUCGCCCAAGGUGCAUACAGUACCACUCUGGGUAUCAUCAACCGCAUGUAUGCUAACGAUCAGUAUCUCUCUGUUCUUCUCAACACAGAGGUCAUCGCUGUUCAACACACUGCUAGCAACACCUUUAACAAAAGCGUCAACGCUCUCAAAAUCAGAGACAAAGCCACCAACACCAUCAAAGAGCUCGACGUCGGCAAAGCCAAAGUCAUCCUCUCCGCCGGAACAAUCGGCACCGCCUCCAUCGCCCUCAACAGCGGUCUCGACCACUUAAACCGCCUGGUCGGCAAAGGUCUCAUCGACCAUAACGUCUGCUACGUGCGCUUCGCCAAGCAAAAGUCCGACAACGUCACCGAAAAGCCCCUCAACCUUAAAACACAUCUCAAAGUCGGCGGCGAAGAAUGUCUCGUCACAGUGACGAUCAAUGCGAAUUUCUUCCUCGCUGGAAGUUCUGCGACACUCAACACGACGCACUUCUAUCGUCGUGAUGGUACCCUCAUGAGUCCUACUAAGGAUGCGGCUGAUGAGAAGGAGAACUUCGACACUAUUUGUGUACUAUUUGAGUUUGUUGGAAAACUCGAUGAUGAGAAUUCUGUCCUCAGUCUUCCGGGAUUAGAUCCUGUGCUGGAUAUCCGUCGACCACCGAUCAAGCAUGAGGUUCAGUGUGCUAUGGAAGAUAUCAUCCGUCGAGUUCGUGAUGCUUUUGUUGGGCUGAAUCCUAACCAAGCUACGUAUGCUGAUCCGGGAAUGUGUCCUGAUCCUGGAUUGAGGCCGCAGCAUUUGGGCUUUGGGGUGUUUUCUCAUGAGUGUGGAACGAUGAGAAUGGAUGGGCCGAAGGGGCCUGGUGUUGUGGACUCGAACCUCAAGGUGAAAGGAUUGGAUAAUUUAUGGGUCUGUGAUCUUUCGGUUCUGCCUGUUAGUCCUGAGGCCAAUCCUUCCUUGACUCUGGCGGCACUUUCGCUGAGACUUGCUGAGCAUCUGUGCGCCUUCAGAAGAACGAUCAUUCAACGCUCAGACUUAGUCAUGUCUUCACAACAGUUUGCAAAAGAUCAGCCUGCAGGCUUCUCGAAUCACAUCGAAAGGGUUGCAAUUGUUGGAGCUGGCGGCCGGCAAGGUGCUCAUAUAACCGAACAACUUCUCAAGACUGGAAAGCACACCAUCACUGCCCUGACUCGGAUCGGCAGUACUUCCAAGCUUCCAGACAAGAUAAAAGUUAUCCCCGUCGACUAUGAAGACGAAGAGUCUCUCGCAUCAGCUCUGAAUGGUCAGCAACUCCUAAUCAUAACCCUCGCCGUCAAUGUCAACCCAGAAGUCCAUCAUCGCAUCGUUCGCGCAGCUGGAAAAGCAGGGAUCCGCUACAUCAUCCCCAACAUCUACGCCGCCAAUGUUGUUAUUGAAAACCAAGGCUCUGUCGACGACUUCUUCCCCGCAGCUCCACCAAUCAAUCUUCUCAAGGAAAUCGAGCGGGUCGGCGUCAGCUCUUGGAUCCUCCUCGUAGGAGGUGUCUGGUUCGACUACAGUUUUCCCUCUGGAGAGUCUUUCAUGGGCUUUGAUAUCGAUAACCGCAAGGUCACUUUGUUUGAUGACGGCGAAGCAAAGAUCAACACUAGUACUUUGGCCCAGUUCGGUCGUGCCGCUGCUGCACUAGCAAGUCUUAAAGAGGUCCCUGACGAUGAAGACGAUAAAUCCCCAACUAUCACCCAGUUCAAAAACAAGCCUGUCUUUCUCUCGAGCUUUUAUGUCAGCCAGAAGGAUAUUUUGAGAAGCAUCCAGCGCGUCACGGACACGACAGACGCGGACUGGGACAUCAAGUAUGAAAGCAGCGCUGAUCGGAUCGACAAUGGCAAGGCGAUGGGGAGAUCUGGUAAUAUCAUGGGACUUGUGCAGGCUUAUUAUUCUUUCAUCUUCUCACCAGAGGGUCAAAAGCUAAAAACUCAGGAUAAGCUUCACAAUGAGCUUCUUGGGCUACCCGAGGAGGACUUGGAUGAGGUUGUCAAGGCUUGUGUUGAGAGUGCUGAUAGCAAGUUCAAACCAUUACAGUAG